GUCGGUGUAGACGCAGAGCGCGCCGGCCGUCAGAGGAACCGUCUCCCUCAUCUUGGAGGCCACGAGCAUGCAGACGACGCCCAGCAGCUGCAGCCGGGGCCGCUCGACGCGGACGAGGCUCAGGUAGUGAUCCAGUGUGUGCGGCGUUCCGGUGUUGGAGGGGAAGAGUGUGCAGCAGACCGUGGACAUGCUGCACAAGAAGCUGGAGCAGCUGGGGGCCGUGAAGCAGGGCAGCUUCUGCGUGGACUGCGAGACGUACCACGCCACGGGAACCGUCAGCGGUCAGCCCUCCAAGCUCCUAUAUGUAAUGCACAACUCUGAAACCCCUUUGAGCUGUCUGGCUCUGUUUGAAGGCGGCCCGUGCCUGAUAGCUGAUGCAAACUUUGAUGUGCUCAUGGUGAAGUUAAAGAGCCACUUCCAGAAUGCCAAGGGGCACAAGGUGGAGUGUCGUGGUUCAAGAUAUCGCUACUGUGACUUCUUGAUAAAAGUCGGUACUGUGACAAUGAGCUCCAGCGCCCGAGGGAUAUCCGUGGAGGUGGAGUACUGUCCCUGCGUAGUGCCAGGGGACUGUUGGAAUCUAAUGAAGGAGUUCAUGCAGUCUUUUCUUGGCCCCAGCGUCCCUGAGCUGCCAUCCGCGUUUGCCACCAAGCCCGAAGGACUCUUCGCACCAGCAGACUGCGUGGACACCAUGACUCAAUACCUAGAGUUGUUUAACAAACUUCGCAAACUUCAAAUUCAAGGAAGUAAUGUCCGUUGAAUUGAGUGGGAUUUUUUUUUAUGUUUGUAUUGAUGUUGCUUCAAUUCUGGUCCCAUGGAUCAGAAUUUUGAAAAACCAAGAGAUUUUAUUUUCAUAUUUGGAUCACUGUCAUACACUAUUUGAUAAAAAAAAAAUCUUGUUUAAAUUAAAGUGACGUAGUUAACAGCA